AUGGCGAAUGGAAGCAUCGUGAAGAGUGAAGACUAUGCUCUCCCGAGUUACGUCGACCGGCGUGACUAUCCCCUGCCCGAUGUGGCCCACGUCAAGAACCUCUCUGCUAGCCAGAAGGCCUUGAAAGAGAAGGAGAAGGCUCCCUGGAGCAGUCUCUCCAUUGAUGAAAAAGUUGAAUUAUACCGCAUGAAGUUCAACGAGAGCUUUGCUGAAAUGAACAGGAGCACGAAUGAAUGGAAGACGGUUGUGGGCACCGCCAUGUUCUUCCUCGGCUUCACUGCUCUCAUUCUGAUUUGGGAGAAGCACUAUGUGUACGGCCCCGUCCCGCACACCUUUGAAGAGGAUUGGGUGGCCAAGCAGACCAAGAGGAUGCUCGACAUGAAGGCCAGCCCGAUUCAGGGCUUCUCAGCCAAGUGGGACUACGACAAGAACGAGUGGAAGAAAUAGAGGAGCGCACCACUCACCCAUCUGAGCCUCACCUUGCUCUGCCAGAUCCACACAGCUCAGCAUCUUCACUGGAAACCGUUACGUUGCGUCACCAGUGCUAAUAAACGAGCAGCCUACGUGAA